GGCCUAAAAAUGGCGACCAAACAAAAUGCGCUGUCAAAGCUCUUUCCGCCUUUUGACAAUUGCUAAGGCAAAAUGGCAGUACGCUACGAACUCUGUGUUGGUCUCAACAAGGGUCACAAGACCACCAAAAUAAAGAAUGUUAAAUACACAGGAACCAAGAAAGUCAAAGGCUUGCGUGGUGCUCGUUUGAAGAACAUCCAAACCCGCCACACUAAAUUCAUGCGUGACUUGGUCCGUGAAGUUGUUGGUCAUGCUCCCUAUGAGAAGAGAACUAUGGAAUUGUUGAAGGUAUCUAAGGAUAAGCGUGCUUUGAAAUUCUUGAAACGCCGAUUGGGCACACACAUCCGCGCCAAGAGGAAGCGUGAAGAAUUGUCCAACAUUCUCACUCAAAUGAGAAAGGCUCAAACUCACGCCAAGUAAAUAAAGAACUGGCUGUGAUCUGAGUUCAUCUAUGUUUAGUGUUUACGCUAUUCUGGAUUUUUACUUUGACAGUAGUGGUAAUGAUAAACAAAAAAUUAAUAAAAACAGAAAAUUAAAAUGUA